UUAACGUGUGAUGGUGUGUUUGUGUGUUGAUAUGUGCAUGGUUGCAAAGCGGACUGUAUGCAGUACAGGCAGUACGUUAGCAGGAAACACAUGUUUUUAGCUGACAUGGGUGGAGAGAGGGGCGACUGAACAGAGCAACACAGCUGCACAAAGGAAACAAAAAAGGAAACGAGACAGAGCAGCGCCUGCUAUUGACGUCCUGCCAAUGAGGUUCAUUUAGGGGGUGAAAAGCGACGAGUAACAGGGGUUUUCAUCUGGUUUACACAAGGCUGGCUUUCAAGGGACCUGUCCUCUUAAUGCAAAUUUAAAGUCCAGCCAUGACGGGAACGUUUGGACUGUUAAUACUCCUGUCUGCUCUCUGCUGCAGCCUAGCGGACAAUGUUGAACUCCUUCGCUCUAAGAGAGGGACUCGUUUUUACAGAGGUGAGCCUCAGCGGCAGCCAGCUAGACGGACCUUACUGAUUAUUCAUGUCGACAAGCCUUCACCCUCUGUUGACACCUCCUUGCGUUGUGUGGAUAGCGAGACAUCCGCAGUGCAUAGUUAUGGGGACACAUGGCUGCGAUGGAAGGGACAGCGUGUGGAGUACUGCCGUUGUGCGUUAAGAGGACGUGUGCGCUGUCAUGAUGUGCCUGUCAUCAAUUGCUACCAGUCUCGAUGCUACAAUGGAGGGACCUGUAAGGAGGCUGUCUACACCUCAGACUUCAUCUGCCAGUGUCCGCCAGGCUUCACCGGGAGUCAGUGUGAGAUCAACACCAGGGAGAAGUGUGUCGUGGGACAGGGGGCAGGCUACCGCGGCACAUGGAGUAUCAGCCAUUCAGGAGCUGAAUGCAUCAACUGGAACUCCACGACUCUGAGAGGAAGGAGGUUUACAGCCAAAAGACCGGAUGCCAGCAGCCUUGGACUGGGCAAUCACAACUUCUGCCGGAAUCCCGACAAAGACGACACUCCCUGGUGUUACGUCUAUAAAGGCACCCAGGUCAACUGGGAGUUCUGCUCCUUGCCCAAGUGUACAGAAGAUAAGUACCAAGAGUGCAAGCUGGGCUCUGGCCAGUCUUACAGAGGCACAGUAGCUGUCACUCAGAGCGGCGCUAGCUGCCUCCCGUGGGACUCCCCCCUUGUCAAGCGUAAACUCUACAACGCAUGGAGAGCUGAUGCACUGAACCUGGGGCUGGGCGGCCAUAGCUUCUGCAGGAACCCAGAUGGUGAUGUGGGUCCAUGGUGUCACAUCUACAGGAACAUGCAGCUGACCUGGGAGCUGUGUGAUAUACCCAAAUGUGCGAGACAUCCAACGAUCAUCACCACUCUUGGCCCUCGUGGCCCCACCACAAACAACAAUAACAGAGGAACCUGUGGCCAAAGAACAGACAACUCCCUGAAUCGCCCUUCUUUCCGUAUGUUUGGGGGCCGAGAGAGCGACAUCUCGGAGCAGCCCUGGCAGGCAGCCGUCAAUGUUUACCAGGCCCGUUACCGACGCCACUUUCACCGAUGUGGAGGAAUCCUCAUCGACUCCUGUUGGGUCCUCUCAGCUGCACACUGUUUUGAGGACAGGGAUGAAGCGAGGAAGCUGCAGGUAGUCUUGGGAAGAACAUUUCGGAAACAGAACUCUACCAGUGAGCAGAUUUUUAAUGUCGAGAAGUACUGGAUCCAUGAGAAAUUCGACAACGAGACAUACGACAAUGACAUAGCCCUGCUGAAGCUGAAGACCGACAUUGGCAUCUGUGCAGUGAACUCUCCGGAGGUUUUCCCCGCAUGUCUGCCUGAACGAGGGCUCAAGCUGCCUGACUGGACCGAGUGCGAGAUCUCUGGCUAUGGAAAAGACAAAGAAUUUUCUGCAGAGUUUUCAGAACGAGUUAAGAGAGGUUAUGUCCGCCUGUGGCCUCAGGAGCGCUGCGUCCCAGAUAUCCUGUCUGGACGCACGAUUACCACCAACAUGCUGUGUGCAGGGGACACCCGGGGCCUGGAUGACGCCUGCAAGGGAGACUCUGGCGGUCCUCUGGUCUGUCAAAACAACAACAGGAUGACUCUGAUGGGCGUCAUCAGCUGGGGCGACGGCUGCGGGCAGAAAGACAAGCCUGGGGUUUACACCCGCGUCACCCACUACAUUGACUGGAUCGAAGGCAAAAUGAAGGCCAACCCGGACUUUUAAGAUCUACUUCUCUUGCAGAGAGCAAAAACGACACUGUCUGACGAACAUACCCAUAGCUAGAGUGUGUAAUACAUCAAACACAGACAAUUUCAUUGACGAGUAAACAGAAACAAAACUCUGGGUUCUGUUUUGAGUCUGCGUACCCGUUGAUCUAAAUCCAGUGACCAAACUGAUGGAGCUCUGAAAACAAGGCCAGCAAGACCCACUCCUACAGAGACGCACAAGAAGGACCUCAGCUGUGUAUUUUUGUGCUCAAACUGCAGCAACUCCGACUAGAGUCCGUUUUCCUGUGUUGAUACCGUAAAGAUGCUGUAUAUGGACAGAAACCCAGAACUUGUGUCUAAGCUCUUUCUACUAAUGUGGCAUCUGGGUCUUUAUAAUAUAUUUUGUUCUUUUAUAAACGAGUCACUGUGUUUUCACCCAGCUCGGGAGGAGGAUCGUCACCAAAAACCGGGCAAACAAAAUGAUUGCAAAGUUGGGAAAUGCCACCUGUGACAGACGUAGACAGUAGAUUUACGCUUUCCGCCUCAUCCCAGUUUGCUUCAUUCUGGUUUAUGAAAUGAAGUCUUUUAGGGAUAGAGACGAUAGGUCAGUAGCACUUUCAACCCAAAGGGACACUCACUCACUCCACUCCAUACAGAUUAUAGACAUUUAGGUUUCACAACAGGUCACAUAGGAAUGUCUUGACCACCCCAAAGGGCAUUUUUUUGAAGGUAGUGCAAGGACUGUUCUGCAGACUUGUCUUCUAUAUAUAAGGUUAUACUGAAUUAAUUAGUUUGAAUGCAAAAAAAAAUCCUUUAUUUUGUUAUUUUGGGCCUUCGGGAGGUGUUUUUUUGUUUUUUUUUAACCAUAGUACCAGAUCUUCAUUCACACCACAAAACUAUCUGCUGGUUCAGAUUCAUCCCCCCAACACACACACACACACACACACACACACACACACACGUGUAACCACUCCCAUUCAACACAACUGUAUCUGAUUAUAGGAUUAUAGGAUAAAGGAGAUCAGAUUUACCUGUUCUCAUAUUUUUGUAUGAAAGUCCCAGAGCACUUCUCUUUCCAACACCGGGCAUUUGGGUCGAGCAUGUAUACUUUCUGAAUGUUGGUUUUAUAUUGGAAAUGACUUGGACGUGUUUUUGUCUGUGCUUUCCUGAACUGCUUGUCGACUGCAAAGCUAGACUCCUUAUCAAACUCGAGGUUUGUUCUUUUCAUCUCUCUUAGGGUUUCUAUGCAAUAGAUUCUCAAAGGAAAAGCUGAGGUUUAGUUGUUUUGUGUUAAGUUAAUAUUUGUGAGUAUUUUAUAUUGUUUUCCAGAGACUUGUGUGUUGGAUAUUAUGAUUGUAGAUAAUAAUUUAUUGUCACUGCCUUUAUAAUCAUCUG